AUGCAUUGGCUCGCGUGGCGGAAGCUGUGUCGACAUAAAACUGACGGGGGACUGGGAUUUAGGGUAAUAGAAGAUUUUAACACGGCGCUACUCGCAAAACAGUUAUGGCGCCUAAUGGAUAACCCGGACUCACUGUUUGCUAAAGUUUUCAAGGGGAGAUAUUUUCGGAACUCAACCCCCUUGGAUCCAAUUCGCUCUUACUCUCCGUCUUAUGGAUGGCAGAGUAUCGUUUCAGCUCGACCUCUGGAGCUUUCAGAUGAGGGGACACUACCAGUCUUUGGACCGGACAUUCGGAGAUUGCAAGCGCAAUCCUGGAAGGUUAAAUGCACCACAAAACUCCAACAUUUUCUCUGGCAAAUUAUUACCGGAUGCUUAUCGGUUGGCGCACGUUUAUGUAGUCGGGGAAUGCGUGUGGACCCGCUGUGCGUGAGAUGUGGUAUGGGAGAUGAGACUAUCAAUCAUAUGCUCUUUGAGUGUCCCCCGGCCCGACAGGCCUGGGCACUCUCUCCCAUACCUACGCCUCCCCAGUUUUUUCCUACGGGAGCACUGUAUUCAAAUAUGGCACAUCUAUUCUGGAACCUCCCAGACAAUGAUGACAUGUUGAUGAGUAAUGGAAUCUGCGAUAACGGAAGCCCGGGCAUGGGUAGCAGCCCAAACGGUAGCAGACGGAGUAUCCAUAAUAUCUCCAUCAACUCCGGCCACGUCCCAUUGGGAGAGUGGUGUCAGAUUGAUGGAGCAUGGAAAGUGACAGACAGUCGGGCUGGACUUGGAUGGUACAAUUUUGACCCGGAUUCGGGCUCUGUUGAUGGGUCUAGCAACCUACGGCGGGGUUUAUCUCCUCUUCAAACAGAAUUGGAGGCAUUGGUUUGGGCUAUGCAAAGCGUUCUCCCUCACAUACAUUCCCAGAACGAAGAACACAAGGCAGACAAGCUAGCACGGAGUGCUCGAGCUCAGCCCCAUGAUGUGUAUUACAUAAACUCAGUUCCCCCGGUUCCGCUUCCUCAGCUCUCCUCCUCCCCUCGUCAGACCCGAUCUCGCCACAGAUUUCCAUCGCCCUACCUUAUUCACUCGCUCUCUACCGCUGACUCCACCCCUCCGCCCGCUGACGGUAUUUUCCUGCCUUUCUCUCGCUUUUUUCCUCCUAUAACCGACUUCUCCUUCAGAAGCCGCCUUCUCCGACUCUUCUCUCCUUCACCUCCGCAGGGACCCUCUCGACAUGGAAGCCCGAACUUUGGCUCACUUAAGGAACUACCACAGUAUCCAUGUUUGCUAGAUUUCUUUUUUUACCGUCUCCAUCGAAAUCAAUGCACUACGGUUCCAUUUACUCGCACUAUUGAUCGCGGGAUCAGGUCUUCCCCUUUCCUAUCCCUGAUUCUGCAAGUGCACAGGUCAGAAGUAGUAAACGGGUAUCGAACACAAGGACCAGAUUGCACACUACAAGUUAUGAGUUUGAGAACAAGCUAG